GUUUCUCCCCCCAGAUAAGAGCAGAAUUAGUCCUGGUAUUCUAUUCAAUUUUGUCUUUCGUCUCCUACCUUCUGCAUUAACCACAAUGAUCUGUCUUCCUUCAAUACAACGCUCUUUUGGAGCUGCAGCACUUCAGGCUUUAAUCCUGGGUGUGGUAGUUGUAGUGUGCAGCUCCCAGGGGCGACCUCCUCUCAACCCUGUGGACUGCUCCCUGUCCGAGUGGACGCAAUGGACCCGCUGUGACCCCUGUCUAAAGAAAAGGUUCCGCUCUGCCACACUACUGCAGCCAUCUCAGUUUGGGGGAGAGCCGUGUAAUGAGGUUGGCCAGGAGGAAGCCUGUGAGCCACCUUCACGCCUAAUAUGCCGCAGUUCCCUGCCGCUCUGCCAGGGCUUCCAAUGUCUUGUCACAGGUCGCUGUAUACCACAGGGACUGCUCUGUAAUGGGGACGAUGACUGCGGUGACGGCUCUGAUGAGCUUGAUUGUAAAAAAGUGUACAAAUCCUAGGAACCAACUGAAGAGCUGUUUGGCAUUGAGAACCUCGCCAAAGGGCUUAAUGCUCAGAGCGGUAAGUUGGAGGGUCUGGUCCUGGAUAAUCGCUACUAUGCUGGCGGAUGUGUGCCCUACUUUAUCAAUGACGUGCGCUACAGGAAACCGUACAACGUCCAGCAAUACUCCUUGGAGACAAAAGGCUCCCACACUUACAAAAUGGAAUCUCAUGACUCGUACGAAGAGUACUCACGUCACACAGCGAAAUCCACCUUUUCCAGGACCACUUUCUCUUUCAAUCUUGCUGUACCUGGACUGUUUGAAGUCGGAAUAAACGUGGAUUCCAGCAAGUACAGGAGAAAUGUGCAGAAGAUUCGCAAUUAUGCUGGAAAGGUAAACAGUUUCCUUCAUGCACACACCCGGAUUGAGCUAGCGCGAUACUCCCUCAAGCCAGACAACCUGAUGCUGCACCCAGAGUUCCUGUCACGUCUGAGAGCUCUCCCGCUUGAGUACACGUACGGCGAGUACCGACAGCUGUACAGCGACUACGGCACUCACUACAUCACCGAGGCCACUCUCGGAGGAGACUUCGACUACACUGUGGUCCUCAACAAGAAAGUCAUGGAGCAAAAUAGGUACACUUUAAACCACGCCAAAGAUUGUUUCCAGUUGGGUUUGAAAGCUGGGUUCAACAUUCAGGGUGUGCCGGUGUCAGGAGGUGUAUCAGGCGGAGGCUGCGAGGGCCUGCUGAAAGAAUUCGGAAACGAAACGUCCCGCUCGUCAAUGGUUGAGGAUUAUAUAGCCUUUGUCAGAGGAGGUGACAGUGAGACGGUCUCGCGUCUGGCCGCCAGGCAGUUUCCCACACCGGACAUCAUGCAGCUGUGGGGGGAAGCCAUUUUCUACAACCCUGAUUUCAUAAGCACGAAGUUGUCCCCGCUGUAUGAACUAGUGACAGGAAACGACUUCACCAGUGUGAACAUGCUGAAACGGAACCUGAAGCUGGCCCUGGUGGAGUUCCUGAAGGAGAGGGAUUCGUGCCGCUGUACCCCCUGCCUCAACAAUGGGGUGAUUGCGUUAAAAGGUACUCGGUGUGAAUGCAUCUGUCCCAACGGCUACAGUGGGCUGAGUUGUGAGGAGACAAAGCGAUCAGGUAUACCAGUGGACGGAAACUGGAGCUGCUGGUCUCAAUGGUCGGCCUGCAGCAGACAGACCAAGAAGAGAACUCGCCAGUGCAACAAUCCGGCUCCACAAAAUGGCGGCAGUCCUUGUGGGGGGAUAAUUGAGGAUUCCACAGACUGCUUUGAAUGAAAUGGCAAAAAAUCGAUUAAUCGAUAAUGAUCAGAAUAUGUGAAAUGUAUGUUCAACUGCAAUUAUUUCUGUUUAAUAAAUCCAGACCAAAGAAACAA